ACCAUGCUGGUGAGUGAUAACUGACUACAAAGUACAAAGUAAAAAUUUGAAACUAUAAGUUUACAAGCAAGAACUAUUUAGUGUUUUAGUGUCUACACCGGUCAUUGAACAAUCAAUAAUAAUUAUAAUUUCUCAAAACACUGACUGACUACUGACAUGAAAACAGCCACUACGUGUUUAUAAAGGUAAAAAAAUUUAUUCAAAAUAAUGAAGGUUUACUGUUUGCAAAACGGAAAAUAUUUAGGAGUAUCUUACUUUACAAAUGUCAAAAAUAUAAAAUGGCUUAAAGACAACAUGGCUUCAAUUUUCAAAGAUAAAUCACCAGUGUUAAUUAACCGCAGAUUGAUUGCCGAUCCAUUUCAGAUUGUAGUUGCUGUGAAUAAUGCUUACUUGUCCAAUGAAAACUCUUGUAUGAAAACCAAGUCUCUUGCUAACGAAAUUUUGUUCAAUUUAUCUGGAACAAAAAAUAUCACACAAUCAUUGAAAGAUGCAAGUGCUAAUGAUGAGGAUGAUGACAUGAUAGUUGCACUUACAUCAAAGUUUUCCAAUGUUCCAGAAAUGAAAAUAUUUCAAGAAAAAUGUAUUACAGGAUGUGAAACAGAUAUUUCACAACUUACAGAAAAUAUUGAUGAAAAUUAUAUUAAAUCUUAUUACAAAAUAAGUGAAGUAGAAAGUUUAAAUUCCAGUCUACUUGAUUCUAUUGUUACUAGAAUCGCUUGUAAAAUCCUAACAUUGUAAAACUAUAAAUUUAAGUAA